GAGAAAACAAGAGUUGAAGGUUGAAACGUCUCUCAAAAACUGUCAACAGAGUGAGCUGCAAUGUCUCCAUUGUCAUGCAAAAAGUACUUCGUUUGGACGUCGCAGUAGUUAGCCCCCACAAUACCGUCUGAAGGCCACACGAGAGACAUGAGUGGUGCAGUCAGCCAGAUAGCAAUAACUACUGAUCCAGAUACUCCCUACUUCCUGCAAGUGAACUGGGCAGUAGACCUGGGUGCUGGGUUCACACUAGCCCUCACUGAUGGCAGCUCAGCAUGGAUCGGAGAAGUUUCAGAAGAUGAUGUGACAAAGGAAGCCAAUGAACUGGGAGUCACAAGGGAAAAAUAUGUUGAGGAUCUUCUUCAAGCGCUAACAAGAAGUGAGGAAAGAGGAGGAGGAAGGAGAGGAGGCAACAAGGAGGUGUAUUCUUUCCACCUUACUCCAGAUCACUGUCAUCUCUCGUUUCAGAAGAUCUGUAAUGAUGUCUCGGUAGACUUGGGCUCUGUGGAGCUCCAGCCAGCUCCAGACCCUCUAGAGCUGAACCGGGAGAUGAUUGGCCAGUCCCUAAAGCGCAGCACAGAUCUGGAGUAUGAAAACUGCCAGCUGCUGGAGGAGAACCAUAGACUGAAACAGGAGCACCAGCGAAUUCUCACAGAGCUGGAGCAGCAGGUUCUGGAUAAGGAGGUGUUGGAGAGGAAGCUGUACUCACGUUUUGUCAUGGUGCUGAACGAGAAGAAGGCAAAGAUACGAGGCCUGCAGGACGCCAUCCGCCAGCUCCAACAGACCACUGACCAGCAGAGAGACGAGGAGAGGAGACAAAGCACUUUGUCCUCUCCUCUCAAACGUGUAAUGAUGAAUGAAGAUGGCAGUCAGGAUGGAGAAGAGGAGACAGAUCAGAGCAUCCAUCCCUCCCAAGAGGCAACUAUCCUCAUCACAGGUCGUAAUCUUGUGUGCCAUGGCAUCUCUGUGGACCGGACCUUUUUUGACGAUGAAGAUGAACAACCAAGACAGAAACGCAGGUUGCUUCACGCUCUGAGCCCAGAACCAUCUGAGCAGGAGUAAAAUCACAGAGAUGAUAUCCAGGACUCAUCAACAUGAUUAAAGCCCUAAAUCUAAGGCUUUGGUGAUGAACAGGUUUUCUUGAUCCCUAUCCAGCUAUGUGGCUAGCUAGUCAACCCUCACUUCAAUACACACAACCAAAACAGUGACAACCAGGCAACAGUGUCCUGGAGGUGUCCCCAGAUUUGAUGCCAGAUUUUGUCCCAGAUUGUGAAAGCAAUUUUCAGAAAGCGAGAGCAUGUUGCUUCCAUCUGGUUUGCUUUAACUGUGACAAUUACCUGCCACAGCUCUCAUGAGAGACUUACCGCUUGCCUCUCAUCCUCAAUAAAUCAAAAGACAAACAAUUAAUGACGCUAUAUUAUCCCAAAUGCUCCGGACUGCGCACUUCAUUCUGUGCUGCUGCGAAGCCUUUGCCCAGAUAUAGUCGCGUGAUAACAGGCACUUAAUGCCCUCCAGUGCUUCCUCAGGAACUGAUGGCGUUGCUGCUAAUGACAUGGAGAGCAUGGCAGAGCAUGUAGACCAGGAGUAUGGAAGCAAUUUCUCGAGAGUUUGACUUCGCCCUGAGCUCGAAUUUGGCUGCCAAGACCCUUAGCCUUGGCUCUGUGUGAGACCGGAGAAAGAGUAACAACUACUGAGGGACAACAGGCUACACCCAGAAAACAGGGUGUCACCACCAAGGAACUGAAGCUGCUUUGUUGCUGCUUAUUCAUCAUGUCUUGCUGAUGUUUUCCUCCCUCUUUUCAUUAUGAAAAUAAACUAUGUGCCAUCUCUUUCAUUUCCUCUUUCUAAACUAGCAUUUUGCAAAAGAUAAUUUGACCUCCCCCUUUUCUCUUGCUUACAUCUGCCCUUUUAUUCUGUGGAUGUUCUGUGGCCCAAACUACCUGAGGGUGUUUUGCAGAGGGUUAAUAGGGUUGUGUUGUCUUCACCUCCUCACCUCUUCCUUUACCUCUGCUACCAGCUUUAGGUCCAGAGGUCAUCACAGUGUGUCUUCACACUGACAGUAAUGAACCUAAGGAAACAUACUCAGUGUCUUUAUCUGAACAUUCUACCUUUGACUUCUGGACCUUUCUGCCGUCUUUUAGAAUUUUGAUGAUACCUAUAUGUCUGCUGAAGACCACGGGCGGCCGCCAGGAUAAUCCCACAACACGUGCUUUUGGGUUUAGUAAUCCCCACAGGAAUGUCACACUCUCUCCUAUAUAGCCAAUUGAUGCAAGAAUAACAAUUUUAAUGUUAUUUUAAAUAUAAAAAAUAUUUUCUAUAAAAGUCUAAAAUACACGAUGGAGUAAAAUUUUAAUUGCAAUGUAAAAUAUUGUAAAUGUUUUCUUCAAGUCUUCAUGGUAAAUAUCUAUUGUGAAAUGCCUCACAAGAUAAGGCAUGUUAUUGUCAGCCUGACAUAAAUAAACAUUUUACAUUGUAA